GCAGAGUCAGCGGAAAGAGUAGCAAGCGGCACGAAGGUAGAGUCGCGAACGGGUAUGCCUGCUACCGUAGGAGGCUCAGGGGAACGAGACAUCGUGGCUAGGUGGGUGCUGCGCUGGAGGUUGAGACGGGGGAAACAGCCUGAGGGCGAGCCUGCUGUGCGAAGUGACGCUGGAGGGCGUCUGCGUGCGGGCAAGUACAGGAGGUUUUACUCACCCUACCUGAGAUGCUUCCCUAUGCCUCUCAGGAACCAGUUGGCAGCUGAGGCCAACAUCAACAUGCACAACUUCCCGUCGUUUAGCAAGAAGGCCCUAGACCUGGAAGCAAAGAUAGGGCAUGGUCAGACACCCACGCCGGAUGGAAGGAAAAAGACACCGCCUUCCAACUGGAAAGCAAAGGGACGCAUUAUGUUCGUUGACAACGAUGGUUUUACCAUCGAGUUGGACGACGAGUUCCAGGCGGGAGAAGGUUCAAAGGCGGGCAACAUAGAAGCUUCAGGGGGUGGAGUAGUCGUUGUUGUAGCCCCAAAAGCCGCGUUCUAUAAUUAUUAUAAGCAAAAUCUGGAGGAGGGUAUGUAUCUAGUCUAUGUCUCUGGAGCAGGCGAGCCGGUGAAAAUGCCAUCGGACAUAGAGGGAGUAGUUGCCAAGUACCCUGAUCUAUUUGAAGAGCCUAUAGGGGUUGUUGAGAGGGAGGUCGUCCACGCAAUAGAGAUUAUCCCAGGGUCUAGUAUCCCGAAGGGUAGGAUCUAUAGGAUAUCUCCAGGCGAGCUUGAUGAGCUUCGCUGGCAACUCAAGGAACUCGUAGAGAAGGGUUGGAUCCGGCCGAGUGUUUCUCCUUAUGGGUCUCCAAUCCUAUUCGUAUUGAAGAAGGAAGGAACACUUAGGAUGCGCAUUGAAUAUAGGGGCAUCAAUGCCAUCACUGUCAAGAAUAGAGAGCCCCUACCGCGCAUCGACGACUUGCUAGAUAGAGUGCAAGGGUGUUGGUACUUCAGUAAGAUAGAUUUGAAGUUCGGGUACCAUCAGAUUGCAAUCCGGCCCGAGGAUCAACACAAAACCGCAUUUCAGACCAGGUACGGUCUGUACGAGUUCGUGGUGAUGCCUUUCGGCCUGUGCAAUGCUCCUGGCACGUUUCAGCACGCUAUGAAUCGGAUAUUUCAUGACUACUUGGAUAAGUUUGUCACCGUGUACCUUGAUGACAUACUUAUUUUUAGUAGGAUUGUUGAGGAGCAUGUAGCACACUUAGACAAAGUCCUCAGUCUCCUUCGGCAGCACAAGUUCAAGAUAAACGGGGAGAAGUACAGGUGUGAGGCUGCCUUCAAACAUCUGAAGCAUGCGUUGACACACCAUGAGGUCUUGAAACUACCUGAUCCUGACAAACCUUUGGUAGUAACUACGGAUGCUAGCCAAUAUGGUAUAGGCGCCGUACUUGCGCAACAGGAGGGGAAGAAGUUGAGGCCAGUAGAGUACAUGUCCAAAAGAAUGCCCUCUCAGAAGUUGGCUAAGUCCACCUAUGAGAAGGAGCUCUAUGCGAUCUACAAGACGCUCACCCAUUGGAGGCACUAUCUCCUUGGGAGGAGCAGGAAGGUCGGUCGUCCACGUGUUAGUGAUCCUUCGGCAGGUUCACCUAGGGGAACUUGUUACGGCUUCUCCUUCCUCGAAAUGUCAAGGUUUGAUGAACUUCUCACAGCACUAUCAGCGGCAGAUUGCCGAGAUCACCACACUGCAGGCACUUCGGCGAUGCAAUCCACAGGAAUGAUGGGUGUUGGACGAGCGUCGGUGUUGGCAGCCUGUGGGAGAGCAACAACAACUGAAGUGGCGCCGACGUUGAGAUUACCGAGGAGAAAGGCUCCAGCUUGGAUGACGAAUGUAUCUGGUAGCAUCGAUGGGCCAAGUGCAGCUGCAGACACAAGCUUGGAGAUAGCUAUUUGGGAUGGUGGGUCAGUGGGAGAGGGAGGGAGGGAGGGAGGGAGGGAGCAAAGCGAGCAGCUUGCGACUCGCGAGGACGUUGCGUCCUCUCUUCUGGACUUGAGCAUGCUCCAGGCUCGUAAGGAGCGACUCACCCUCGAUGUCGCUGCACUGCGUCGCCUUCUCGUCAUCCUCUCUGACCGUGAUCGCACCCUCCCGAUCAUUCCAGUACGACUGGAGACCUCCACGAGGGUGUACCCAGCGCUGUGGGAUUCCGGUUCUCAGGGCGACUUCAUUCAUCCACGUGUUGUGAAAGAAGCCCGCUUACCCACGACAGGGUCUCCGACUCCCAUCUCUGUCAUCCUAGGGGAUGACAAGACCCAGCGCUCCUUCGAUCAGACGGUCACCGACCUCUCUUUCUUUCUCACUCUCGAGCCGACUGAUCGUCCCCCAGCGUCUCGUCGCCACCGCUCCUCUACACAUUUCGAUGUGAUGGAGACGGGGUGUGACUUCAUUCUCGGCACUCCGUGGUCUCGUCGGUUCCGCAGCACUGAGGCCGAUUGGGCGACCAACAGCAACCGCUUCUUUACGAAGAUCGAUCUUCAUAGCGGUUACCAUCAUAUCCGCGUCGCUGCAGCGGACCAGCCGAAGAUAGCGUUCCGAUCGCGCUUCGGCCACUACGAGUUUACGGUGAUGCCAUUCGGCCUCACCAACGCACCCGCUACCUUCCAGAGGGCGAUGAACGACAUCUUCAGGGACAUCCUGGAGCAGUACGUUCUUGUCUACCUCGAUGAUAUCCUGAUCUACAGUCAUACCCUUGAGGAGCAUCUCAGACACCUCCGCGACGUCCUUGAUUGCUUGCGCAGACAUGGCUUUUAUGCCAUGCUGAGCAAGUGCCGCUUUGCCCAGCACAAAGUGGAUUUCUUAGGACACUACGUGUCUGAACAGGGUCUCCGCAUGGAAGACGCGAAGAUCACUGCUAUUGCGGAGUGGCCCGUCCCCACAUCCGCCAAGCAGCUUCACCGCUUCCCAGGCCUCACGAGCUACUAUAGUAAUUUCAUCCAGGGAUACGCUAGGUAUUCCUACGUCCUUACCUCCACCCUCCUCUGGAAGAACCCGCUGUGGGCUUGGACACCCUUCCACGAGGACACCUUCCGCGCCCUCAAGAAGGCGGUGACAUGUGCACCGGUUCUUCACCUACCCGAUUUUGAUCGCCCUUUUAUCCUUACCACCGAUGCGUCAGACUUUGCUGUAGGAGCAAUGCUUUCUCAGAUUUUCCCCUCCCGUCCUGAUUCUUCUCGUCCUCGUAUCCCUCGCUUCCCACCCCCUACCCCUACCACUGCUUUACGCCUGACGCCUACUCGUCUAGCUACUGACGAGCCUUCUAUUGACUAUUCUCCUACCAUCGCCAAGGACGACACUGUCCAGUCUCGCUCAGGUGAUUGUCUGAUAGCCUUGUACUCCCGUCAGCUCCUGCCGGCCGAGAUAAACUACACUGCUAAUGAACGUGAGGCUUUUCUGACAAAAUCGAAGCUCACUCCGCGACAGGCUCGAAGGUGGCGCGACCUAUUCGAGUUUAGUUUCACAACUGAGCACAUCAAGGGUGAGACUAAUCGGGUCGCAGAUGCCUUAUCCCGACGCCCUGACCAUGAUCAGGAGCAGAUCCAGCUCGCUGCCAUCUCGGUCACCACCGUCCACCACUCGAUGAUCGACGAGUUUCGCACUCRGUACCGCCACUGCCCCGACUAUCGCAUCAUCCAUGUGACCCAUCGGAGUGGCAAGACCGUCUCGAACUACUCUCUCGAGGACAACGGUCUUGUGUACUGGCACGGUUCACAGGGCACCAGAGAGCCCCGUAUUUGCGUUCCCUCUCUUGGACAUCUACGUGUCCGGGCAGUAGCAGAGUUCCAUGACCAGGCAACCGCUGGUCAUAUGGGCUUCCACAAGACGUUGGCUCGUGUGAGCCGCCUGUACGUCUGGCUGAAGCGCAAGGACUUUGUGAAGGACUACGUCGCAGAGUGUCCCACAUGUCAGGAGGUGAACAGUGUGAACCACCUGCCUUAUGGUUUGCUCCAACGUCUUCCUAUGCCUGAGGGUCGUUGGCAGUCCAUCUCGGUGGACUUUAUCGGUCCUCUUCGUCCUCCGACUCCCCGCGGUCAUGAUGCUAUCCUGGCCGUCGUUGACCACUUCACGAAGCGCACACUCUUUGUUCUGUGUCGCUAUGCCAUCAGUGCACGUGAGGUUGCCGACAUCGUGUUUGACCGAGUCGUGCGUGACUACGACUUACCUUUGGGCAUCAUAUCUGACUGUGACCCGCGCUUUACCAGCCGAGUCUGGCAUUGGCUCUACGAGGUUUACGACACCCAGAAAUGCAUCCCUGUUAGGCUUGCUUCAGCUGAACACCAGCCUUUGCUGACGCCCACAAGCAAAGCUGAGGAAAACCGAUCUACAUUCGCAGCAAACCCCGCGGAGGUACCAAGCACUGCCAACCUGGGAUUGCAAAGAAAGGAGUAUGACCCAGUGCAGUGUCAGGGCGAGCUCGUGCAGUUGCUGGGGGAAUCAUCGGCCCUCAAUAACAACUUCAUGCCAGACAAAGACCCGCCACAGCUGCAGGAGGCGCUAGUCAAACAGUCGGAAGCGGAGUCAGAAGGGCACGGAUAUCUUCAAGAGCAUGGACUCCUUAUAGCGUUACUUGGGGACAGCCAGGGGAAAUGCAGGGCAGAUGGAAUCGUAGAGCAAGAUGGACAAAGAGUAGAGUCGCAAGCAGAAGUCCAAGGGCAUAGACUUCUUGCGUUGUCUCUGGGGGACUCUCCGGUCCACAGUGACAAUUUCAAGCCCAAGGAAGAUCCAGCGCAGCAGGAGGCGCUAGUCGAACCAUCGAAAGGUGAGUCAGAAGGGCCUGGAUUUCUUCAAGAGAGUGAACUUCUUGUGACAUUGCUGGGCGACCCUGGGAUCCGCAGAGACAAUUCCAUGCCCAAGAACGAUGCGGAGCAGCCGGAGGCACCAGUCAAAACAGAAGCUGCUUCAGAAGGGCAUGGAUUCUUUCAAGAGCAUGGACUUCUUGUGCAGUUGCUGGGGGACUCUCCGGUGCGGAGCAACAAUUUCAUGCCAGAGAAAGAUCAGUUGCAGCAGGAGGCGCUAGUCAAACAAUCAGAAAGUGAGUCAGAAAGGCAUGGAUUUCUUCAAGAGCAUGGGUAUCUUGUGCCGUUGCCAGGGUACUCUGCAGUCUACUGCAGCAGUUUCAUGCCAGAGAAAGAUUCGGUGCAGCAGGAAGCACUAGUCAAACAAACAGAAGCAGUGUCAGAAGGUUAUGGGUUCCUUCAAGACCAUGGACUUCUUGAGCAGUUGCUGGGGGACUCUCCAGUCCGCCGUGAGAAUUUAGUGCCAGGCAAAGAUGCUGUUGAGCAGGACAUGCUAGUCAAACAAUCACGAUGUGAGUCAGAGUUGCAUGGAUUUCCUCACGAGCAUGGACUUCUUGUACAGUUGCCUGGGGACAGCCGGGGGGAACCCAGGUCGGAUUCGACAGACAGCAACGACCGACAAAGGGUUGUCGUAGAAGAACAUGAAGCAAACGUUAUGACUGAAAAAUCCGAAGGAGACCUUGCACCUAGUGCUCCAGAGUUUGCUGUUUCAGGUUUCACAGCUGCUGUGCCUAGCACGCCGAAGGGCUCACCCCUUUGUGGUCGAAAAUUGGUGGGUCCACCUGCCUCCAGGGCGUUCAUUGCAGCGGAGCCGGUGCCUGGAAAGGAUUACCGUUGGCAGGUGCGUAGAUGAAGUGUUGCUGGUGGAAAGGGCAAAGUCUGAACAGUACUUUACGGAAUGGGGAAACUUGGCCCUUUAUUUAUGGGCGUGGUGGAAUCCAUCCCCCAAGUUUCUGUGGCACCCAGUCACGGCUGAGAUGUAUUUCAAGUCCAUAGAGAUAGGGAGAUUGAGAGGCGCAAUGAAGUAGAGAAGUAAAAGACCAUCUGGGGA